AUGGACACUCGUUUCUCAGCCCUCCGGGAGAAGAUGAUACAGAAUCAGGAUCGCUGGUACUAUCGUGGACUCCCAACCGGUCCCACGUUCUUAGCAAGAGCACCAAAUCCCCCUUGGGACCCCAAAAUCGUGGACGAUAUGGGGUACUACGACUAUCAAGGCGAUCCGGUAAAGAAGACUCUGAGGCCCGUAUGUCGCCAUCCGAUCGUCGAGAAGUGGAACAACACCGGCGAGAUCGGUUCCCUGAGGUUCGAAAUCCUACGCAGCCUCGAGGCGGUCGACUGGAACUCGGUGGACAUAUUCAGAUGCGGCUACGAAGACGACAAGGACCUCCCGGUGGUCCUCAUGGUCUCUGUCCAACCCGGCAGCAUCUCGCCGGCCCAGGCACGCGACGCCGCGGCUCGAUGCGAGCACGUCCUAGGCCUUCACGGACUCACCGAUGUCUCCUGCGAGCUCAGGGCUUCUGAGGUGUUCCGUCUGCAGAAAUCGCCGAGUCACCAACGGACUCCCCGUUUCUGGUGGGGGUCUAGGGAGUAUCAACACCAGCUGACCAACCUGUUGGGGACCACAAUUUCCGCCGCCAACAAUCCAGCAAGUAUAGGCACCAAAGGCCCUUACCUCCGUGUCAAGAUGACGGACGGAGACAAGACAGAGACGUCGAUUUGUGCCCUGACGUGUCGGCACUCUCUCUUCGGGAACGAGAAGGCCCCUAGCCUUUCACAAGCCGUCGUCCAACCGGGUGAUUAUGACCGCAUGCUGGCACGUAUCGAGAGCGACAAAAGCUCCUCCAAAGAGAGGAUCGACAAAUAUGAAGAAAGAUCUUCCAGCGGGGGCUGUGUUCUCACUACUGCGCAGGAGAAUAACUUACGCCGGGAACGGGAGACUCUGGCAGAGAUAAACCGGCUUUGGGCGUCGUACACCGCGCUCGGGGAUAUCGAAGCCAGGACCUUUGGCCACGUCUGUCACAUCGGAGAUGGCAGGCACUUCAAGAGCGACUGGGCCUUGAUACGGCUCGAUGGCGACAAGCAUGAACAACCCUUGGCCAGUUUGAGGAAUCAGGUUUCGGUCGCAAGCGAAUCGCAUAAGUUCAAGGCCCUCAAAUGGCAAUCCCUAUUCUGGGAUGACGCCAAACCUGACGAAGACGACAUCGUCACCUUGGCGGGCCCGGUACCCCUCGCCGAAUUCCAGUUGCCCGACUUCGAUUACCUGGAGGACGCCAUAGACUCGUUUGGCGUAUGCCAGUGCCCGUCUACGCUCGUACUCGGGAAAUACGGGCACAGCUCGGAUCUGACCUUCGGUCUGGCGAACCAGGCCUUCUCCGUCAUCCGACACAAACAUCCCGGCGCGCGAGAUUUGUUUUCCCUCGCGAUCGGCGUUACUGGAUACGAACAUAGAUCAAUGUCGUGUCCCCCUUGUGCCACGAGUUUCUGCAGAACCGGAGACUCUGGAGCGUGCGUGUGGGAUUUCAAAGGCCGCGUUGCUGGAAUCGUCACGGCGGGCUCCGGUUCUGAUCCUGAGAGGGACGUGACGGAUGUGACGUAUAUCACACCAAUGGAAUGGAUCUUGGAGGAUAUGAAAGCGUGCGGUUUGGAAGCAACCUUGUGCGAAUAG